AUGCACCUUGAGGGCGCAGUAUUGCAGGAUGAGAAGAACCUCAUAGUCGACUCGACACCCCGCAAGCAAAGGCCUUCGGGCGACGGCACCAUGACUCCGUACAACGGCGUGCGGUCACUCUUCAACAAUGCCGAUUCCCAUCAAUCAAACGAUGAUUAUGCCAGUCACGAGCAGGCCAUUUCAAAAACCAAAAUUGUCAACGAAAAUAUCGCUCCUUUCCUGGCCAAGCACAUUCCAAGUCAAUAUGCCCCUCUGGGGAAAGAUACCGGCACAACAGCAGGGUCGUCAACACAUAACGUAAAUUCUAGAUACUGUUAUCGUCACCGGCCUGAUCUCAAGUGUCGCAGACAGGCGGACGAGUUGUCGAUGGAUCACCUGCAAUGGGAAUUGCAGUCUCUUCCACAGAGCGAUCAGCAAGGGAUCGCACACGUAUGGUCUUUGUUCUCGGCGGCCCCUGCAAAGCAACGUGAACUUAUGCUACGGGGCAUCCUCGCUCAAUGCUGUUUCCCUCAACUGUCUUUAAUCUCAAGCAGCGUUCGAGAUCUCAUACGCAUCGACUUCCUCACGGCAUUGCCUCCUGAAAUCUCUUUUAAAAUCUUGAGCUACCUUGAUACUGCUUCUCUCUGUCGCGCAGCUCAAGUUUCCCGAAGCUGGAGAUGCCUGGCCGACGACGAUGUUGUUUGGCAUCGAAUGUGUGAACAACAUAUCCAUCGCAAAUGUACAAAAUGCGGGUGGGGUUUGCCAUUGCUUGAGCGUAAGCGACUGCGUGCAUCAAAGGAACAGAUUGAAAAGCGCGCCCAGAGACCUACUGUCACCUCCGAGCCUCUUCCCACUGUUAAGAAUGUCGUCGAACCAGUGGACGGAGCUUCUGGUGUCAAGCGUGGGGCCGAUGAACCAGAAUUAUCCGAUUCCGUGGUUGUCAAACGCCAACGCACGGAGGAGAAUAACCCUGAUUAUUAUAAGACUAAUUUCAGGCCCUGGAAGGACGUCUACAAGGAUCGUUUCAAGGUUGGAACCAACUGGAAGUAUGGCCGAUGCUCUGUCAAGGUAUUCAAGGGGCACACGAAUGGAGUAAUGUGUCUGCAGUUCGAAGACAACAUCCUCGCUACCGGCUCUUACGAUACAACCAUCAAAAUCUGGGACAUGGAGACUGGCGAGGAACUUCGCACUCUUAGCGGCCAUACUUCUGGCAUUCGCUGCUUACAAUUUGAUGACACAAAACUUAUAAGUGGUAGCCGAGAUUGCACUCUGAAGGUAUGGAAUUGGCGGACCGGGGAAUGUAUUUCUACCUAUACCGGGCAUCUUGGCGGUAUCAUAGGAUUGCAUUUCGAAAACAGUAUCUUGGCCUCUGGGUCGAUUGACCAUACCGUCAAAAUCUGGAAUUUUGAGGAUAAGUCUACGUUUCUUUUACGAGGCCAUUCCGACUGGGUCAAUGCGGUUCGCGUUGACUGUGCAUCGCGGACAGUAUUUUCGGCGUCUGAUGACUGUACCGUCAAGCUGUGGGACCUUGACUCGAAAAACUGUAUUCGCACUCUUGAAGGACAUGUGGGCCCAGUACAGCAAGUUGUCCCUUUACCAAAAGAGUUCGAAUUCGAAGACGAACACGAGCAUUUUGAGGACGACAGCAGCACCUCCACAGCUGGUGACGAGUCACCCCUUAUUCAAAGAUGCCGUACACCAAGUCCCUCAUUUUUUGAAGGUGAUCGUCCCGCGCCUCCGCGGUAUAUACUUACUAGUGCGCUUGACAACACCAUUCGUCUCUGGGAAACUCAAUCUGGACGCUGCCUUCGCACUUUCUUCGGGCAUUUAGAGGGUGUCUGGGCAUUGUCUGCCGAUACAUUGCGCAUUGUAUCUGGUGCCGAGGAUCGAAUGGUGAAGAUAUGGGAUCCAAGGACCGGCAAAUGUGAACGCACUUUUACUGGCCAUUCCGGGCCUGUCACGUGCGUCGGUCUAGGAGACAGCUGCUUUGUGACAGGAAGUGAAGACUGUGACGUGCGAAUCUACAGUUUCAAGAACUAA